AUGAAUGAUGAUAUAGCGCAUAGUUUUUGGAGAUGUCCGAAUUUGGGUUACUCUUAUGUUAAUUCGAUGGGAAGAUCGGGGGGAUUGCUCACUUUGUGGAAUAAGGAUAAUGUGGAAGUGGUGAAUAGCUUCAAAAGAGAAGGUUUUUUGGGGGUUAAAGUGCGGUGGAAGAAUCAUUUAUAUUUUGUGGUUAAUAUUUACUCCUCUUGUGAUUUGGGAAAAAAGAAAACUUUGUGGAACGAAUUACUUGUCACGAUGGAAAGAUUCAAAGACGGUGAAUGGGUUAUGGGUGGAGAUUUCAACGCCAUAAAAAAUGUAAGAGAAAGAAAAGGGAGGGCGGUUAUGUAUAACAAUAGGGAGGCGGUUUUAUUUGCGGAUUUCAUUAACAAAUCUUCUUUGGUUGACAUUCCUUGCAAAGGGAAGAAAUUUUCUUGGUUUAGUGGAGAUGGCAAGUCAAGAAGUAGGAUAGACCGUUUUCUUUUAUCUAUCAAUGUAGUUAACAAGUGGGAGAUAAUCGGUCAAUUUAUUGGAGAUCGGGAUAUUUCGGAUCAUUGUCCUAUUUGGUUGUUGUCGGAUAAAUCUAAUUGGGGUCCUAAACCGUUUAGAUUUAACAAUGAGUGGUUCUCUAGCGAGUCUUUUAUUCCGUUCGUGGAGAAAGAAUGGAAAAGUUUGAAGGUUGGAGGUAGAGGUGAUUUUGUGUUAAAAGAAAAGCUUAAACUUUUUAAAGAGAGGCUCAAAUGGUGGAAUAAGGGGGUAUUCGGGAAAUUUGAUUUGGAGAUGGAGGAAGUGGUUAGGGAUAUUAACUUGGCUGAUGAGAAAUUGGAGUCAGAAGAUGACGCUUUUUUCAAUGAGAAUCUAGAAAAGAGAAGGGAAGCGUGUUGUAGAUUUUGGAAGAACUUGAGCAUUAUAGAGAAUAUGCUUCUCCAAAAAUCUAAGUUAAAGUGGAUUCAAGAGGGAGACUCGAAUAGUGGAUUUUUUCAUAAGGUGAUGAAGGAAAGAAGAAGACGUAAUCAUAUUGGGCCAAUUUUAUCAUCGAACGGAAUGGUUGAAACGAUGGAAGAGGUGAAAGAAGCGGUUUUCAAUCAUUUUGGGAAUAAAUUUAUUGAAUUGGAAAAGGUUAGACCGAUGUUAGACGGUGUUUCUUUUAAUGCCAUUGGUGAAGAGGAAGCGGCGGGGCUUGAAAAACCGUUUCUUGAAAGAGAGAUUAAAGAGGCAAUAUGGGAUUGUGGUGGAGAUAAAAGUCCGGGGCCGGAUGGGUACAUGCUUAAUAGGAUGGGGUUUGGAGCGAAAUGGAUGAAAUGGAUGGAAUUAAUGGUGUUCAAUAGUAGUAUGUCGGUGCUUUUCAAUGGAAGUCCUAUAAAAGAGUUUCUUGUUAAAAGAGGAUUGAGACAAGGAGAUCCUCAUUCUCCUCUUUUUUUUUGUGAUAGCGGCGGAAGGGCUUACGGGUCUUAUUAG